UUGUUUAUUAUAAAACAGAUUAAAGAAUUCGAGGAGGCAAUUCUGAAUUAUCCAAUACAUUCGUCUGGACUGCUUAAUGCACCAAAAGCACUUGCAGAUAUUGUUGAAUCUUUGGUGGGUGCUAUUUAUAUUGAUUCCAACUCCAUGGAGACAACUUGCAAGAUCGUCAAGAAUCUAUUGCAGCCUAUGAUCACUCCAUCAACUCUACACACACAUCCAGUGACGUUGCUAUACGAGAUUUGCCAGAAAAACAAAGUGAAACUCGAAAGUAGAGACUUGUGGAAAGAAACAGGAGAAGUCGAAUUUAUGGUGGAUGGUGAAUUCGUUGGAAGAGCAAAGUAUAGAGCCAAGAGAGUGGUAGCCAACAAUAGAGCAGCGUAUGAAGCAUGCCACAAGAUUAUAAGAAAAUUGAAGCUUGAAAAUCCUGAAGAUAAUGAGAGUGGUAGCCAACAAUAGAGCACGAAGCAUGCCACAAGAUUAUAAGAAAAUUGAAAAUUGAAGCUUGAAAAUCCUGAACAUAAUAAUAAUUGAUUAAUAACAUUAGUAUUUUUA